AGUCAUUGGGCGUCACAGCUUGGGUUACCUGGCCUGCCUCAGGUAUGAAGGGCCACCUUUACAAAAUAGCAACGCGGAGUCAGGGCCUUGAUCGGCACAUUCACCACUUUACAAUUUAGUCUGGAGGAGCACCGAUGACGGUGACUCUCGGUCUUUGUUCUUCUCGAGCGGGAGGCGCAUAUAAUUACUCGCCUUCCCUCGGCUCUGAUCCUUUCUUCUUAACUCUCUGAAAAUAUAAAGAUAAAGCUCGCACUUCUGACGACUCGUUCACGGGAGGCGUAUUUCCUAUUUCCUAUUCCCUUUACAUUAGCAUCGUGCCAGACACAGUUUAAGAUACCCAUUUUUUACCGAUACCCUUCCGCUUUAAAAUUAUACCCAGACUUAAGUCUACGUCGUAAACAUGUCUCAUCUUCCCUCUGAGCCCGAGUUCGAGCAGGCCUACAAAGAACUUGUGGCCACUCUUGAGGAGAGCACACUUUUCGAGCAGCACCCCGAGUACCGAACCGCGUUGAAGGUCGUUUCCAUCCCGGAGCGUGUUAUCCAAUUCCGAGUCGUCUGGGAAGACGACAAGGGUAACCUGCAGGUGAACCGCGGGUACCGCGUGCAGUUCAACUCCGCUCUGGGUCCGUACAAGGGUGGCCUGCGAUUCCACCCUACCGUCAACCUGUCAAUUCUGAAGUUCUUAGGCUUCGAGCAGAUUUUCAAGAAUGCCUUAACAGGAUUGAGCAUGGGUGGUGGAAAGGGAGGUGCAGACUUCGACCCUAAGGGCAAGAGUGACAACGAGAUCCGACGAUUCUGCGAAGCCUUUAUGCGAAGACUUUGCCAGCACAUUGGCGCCGAGACCGACGUUCCCGCCGGUGAUAUUGGUGUCGGCGGCCGAGAGGUUGGCUACAUGUUCGGCACAUACCGCAAGGAGAGGAACAAGUGGGAGGGUGUCCUCACCGGAAAGGGUCUCUCUUGGGGUGGUAGCCUGAUCCGACCAGAGGCUACCGGCUACGGUCUUGUCUACUACGUUGAGCACAUGAUCAAAUACGCCGGCAAGGGCAGCUUCAAAGGAAAGCGCGUUGCCAUCUCUGGAUCCGGAAACGUCGCCCAAUACGCUGCUCUGAAGUGCAUUGAGCUGGGUGCCACAGUGGUGUCUCUGUCUGAUUCUAAGGGUGCUCUGAUUGCUGAGGGUGACGCAUACUUCACUCCUGAGCACAUCAACGAGAUCGCGGCCAUUAAGCUCGAGCGCAAGCCCAUCACCGAAUUCAGUGGCAAGUCGCAAUUCAAGUACAUCGAGGGCGCACGUCCCUGGGUACACGUCGGCAAGGUGGACAUUGCCCUGCCAUGCGCUACACAAAACGAGGUCAGCAAGGAGGAAGCCGAAGUUCUAGUCAAGAAUGGUGCGCAGUUCAUCGCCGAGGGCUCCAACAUGGGCUGCACACAGGAGGCUAUCGACGUGUUCGAGGCCGCCCGAAAGGAGAAGGGCAAUGACGCCAUCUGGUACGCACCGGGCAAAGCCUCAAACGCUGGUGGUGUUGCAGUCUCUGGCCUAGAGAUGGCGCAGAACAGCAGCCGCUUCAGCUGGACUCAGGAGCGCGUCGACGAGCGCCUCGCUCAGAUCAUGAAGGGCAUCUUCGACCAGAGCAUUGAGAAGUCCAACAAGUACGUCAAGACCAAGGUGGGUGAACUUCCCAGCUUGGUUGCCGGUGGUAACAUCGCCGGUUUCCUCAAGGUUGUCCAGGCUAUGCACGACCAGGGCGACUGGUGGUGAACUGCCUGGCAUGCAAAGCACAAGGCAUAUUAGCUGGAGGAGCCGGGCGGCUAUAGUUCGCCCAUCACGUCGAAGGAUUCACGUCUAGACGGGUGAUUAGCUAGU